AUGAAGCUCUCCCUCUCGCUGCUUGCCUCAACCCUUGCUAUCGGCGUCUUCGCCGACCUCCACUACACAGGCAUUUGUUACGACUCCCCCGGAGAUGAUGUGCAAGUGUACAACAAAGACGCAACAGACAAGGCGUGCACUGCCUACAAGAACCGAAACACCGGCGACAAGCAGUGGGACCAAUGCCCUGACUGCACCCUCUUGAGUGACCAAGAUCUUCUGUACUACUGCCAGUCCGAAGGGCAGCAUAUUGGUGGAGAUGAGUUGAAUUACUACUGCAAGCAGAAUGGUGCUGGUGGUAGCUUGGCCUGGUGA